AUACAUAUGUAUGUAUGUGGUGCGUUGCUCAUAUCGAAACCUAUAGAAAUCUAUAGGCGGCAUUACGAAAGUAUAAUCUCUGAUUUGUUUUUGUUUUGUUUUUGUCAACCGUGUCCUGUGCCCAGUCAAGAGUGCGGAUUGAGUGAGAUUAAAAGAGAUUAAAUACCAGCAAAUCUCAACCUACUACGCCACCACCCCCCCACCCGUUACGGACCCCUCACGAACGGACACCACUCUCAAUACAAAAUACGAAAUGGGCAACGCCGGCUAUACAUGCAUACGUCGCACCUUUUGCUGGCUCAACAUAAUACUCUGGCUGUGCAGCUGCGCCUUCCUUGGAGCCGGUCUCUGGCUGCGCCUUAGCUACGAGGGCUAUGCCACACUCCUGCCCCAACAUGCCGGCCUCAGCGCGGACACAAUUUUCAUGUGCAUCGGCGGCAUUGGCUUUGUGGUGAGUUUCUUUGGCUGCUGUGGCGCCUGGGUGCAAUCUCGUUGCCUGCUUGUGUUGUACUUUAUGCUGAUUGUGAUGCUAUUCAUGAGCGAGUUUCUUGUUGGCUCCAUUGCCUUUCUCUUUCGCGGCGGCUUGGGACGCACUUUGGCCAAUGAGCUGCGCUUUGGCAUUGAGAGGCAUUACAAUGCCAGUGAUCGUGGCUCGCUGGUGGCUCCCUCAGUGGCAGCGAUUUGGGAUAACGUUCAACAGUCGUUCGAGUGCUGUGGCGUCUCCUCCUAUGAGGACUGGUAUGACAUACAAUCGUGGAGUGGCAAACGUUGGGUGCCCGAAUCGUGUUGCCGCACGUUGUACGAUCAGCGCCAGCUCUUGACCGAAGGCUCAGGCGAUGGUCUGUUGCGUAUGGAUUGUGGCAGAUCGGAGAAUCCAUCGUUGUGGUGGGACAAGGGAUGUGCCCAUUCGUUGCAAAACUGGUUUAACGGUCAACUGAAUGUGGUUGGAGCCAUUGGCCUUGGUAUUGCAUUUGUACAGCUUUUCGGACUAAUCACCUCCAUGCUGCUCUUCUGCACGGUGAAGCAUAAACGAGCCUCCGAUACAUACAAAUCGUAUUCGCCCUCAAUUGAUCCGCAGACACGUACCAGCAGUUGGGAGGAUUGAACGAGACUCUAGAGAUCUCAAGAAUCUCAAAACAAAAACAAAUGUUUUAUCCGGGUUUUCCACUUUUGUUUCUCUGUCUCUGCGAAAUGUGCCAAAAAUUAAUUUAAUGGAAAAUAUUUAAU